AUGGACAAUAAUAAUGAGGAAGUUCCAUCAGCUCCUUCAACUCCUGUAACACCAGGCACUCCUGGGGCUCCUCUCUUUGGUGGGUUCAAGGCAGAUCACAGAAGCAGUGGGAUUGGUAGGAAAUCACUCCUCAAGAGCUGCAGCAGAUGCUUCACUGUUGAAGAUUGGGCUUUGGAAGAAGGCACAUUGCCUAAAGUUUCUUGUGCUUUGCCUCACCCUCCUGUCUCACUUGCAAGAAAGGUAGGUGCUGAAUUUUUGGGCACUUUCAUACUGAUCUUUGCUGGAACAGCCACAGCCAUAGUGAACCAGAAGACACAAGGCUCAGAAACCCUCAUAGGCCUUGCAGCCUCCACUGGCCUAGCUGUUAUGAUUGUGAUUCUAUCAACAGGCCACAUCUCUGGGGCCCACCUCAACCCAUCUGUCACCAUUGCCUUUGCUGCACUGAAACAUUUCUCAUGGAAGCAUGUGCCAGUUUACGUUGGAGCACAAGUUUUGGCAUCAAUAUGUGCUGCAUUUGCAUUGAAGGUGAUUUUUCACCCCAUAAUGGGUGGUGGAGUUACAGUUCCUUCAGGAAGCUAUGGCCAGGCUUUUGCUUUGGAAUUCAUUAUUAGCUUCAACCUCAUGUUUGUUGUCACUGCUGUGGCCACCGACACUAGAGCUGUGGGAGAAUUGGCGGGAAUCGCGGUGGGAGCAACAGUCAUGCUUAACAUACUCAUAGCUGGGGAAACAACAGGAGCUUCCAUGAACCCAGUGAGAACAUUAGGGCCAGCCAUAGCUGCAAACAACUACAAAGCCAUAUGGGUCUACCUCACUGCACCAUUUCUCGGGGCACUCUUUGGGGCGGGAACCUAUACAGCUGUCAAGCUGCCCGAGGAAGAUGGUGACCAUAUUGAAAAGCCUUCGACAAGGAGCUUCAGAAGAUGA